AUGGCGAAUCCAUUUUCAUCUUAUCGUCUUAUAAAAGCUGAACAAAUUAUUAAAUCAAAUAUUCGUUCUAAUAAAACUAAAGAUGAUCUAAGUGAUCUAAUUAGAAGUUUGUCUCCUCUUAAACUUAUAUCAUCAUCAAACCUACCCGAAGGAUCAUCUCUUAAUCCAGAUAUAGUUAAAACACUUGCGGAAAAAGCUAAAACAUUAGAUCUAUUGGAGGUUCUUGGCUAUAUUCAUCAAAAUAGAGAUGAAUAUGUAUAUAAAUCACCUAAAUCAGAUUACGAACACGAGCGUCGUCUUAAUGGUGUGAAUGAAUUUCAUAGAUUUUUUAAUGACCUCAAAAGUGCCAAAAAUGGUACUUUAAAUGGUUUUGAAGAAUUUAUUCAUAAAAGUCUAAUAACGACAUACAAUGCAUCUGCACAUAGCUUUAUUCGUCGAAAAUUAGCAAUUUCAUUAUUUAAACUAGAGAAUCCGCAUUCGAGUAAAGUUGGUGAUAAUUAUAUUGAUCAAACAAUUGAUCAAAAAAUACGUCAUUUAAAACAGCAUGAUAAUGGAAUAGAUGUCCCUCGUACAGAUGAUGUUUAUAUUGAAUGUUUAAUACGAUCGAAUUUUAGUGACAAUGAAGCACUUCAAAUGUUACGUCAUAAUCGACCAAAUCUAACACAACCUACUGUACAACCUGUUUCAAAUCAAUCGACUAAGAUAUCAAUAACUGAUUCGGUGCAGCAUUUAAAAGAACAUAGAAAUUUAUUGAAUAGAUAUAGGAAUGAAAAUAAUUUAGCACAACAAUUGUUACAUGAUGAUGAUAAAAUGUAUCGUUUACUCUAUUGUGAAUUAUCGAGUAUAAUUGGUCGACAAGUACCUGUCAAAAUUGAAACAUUUGCAUCAAUUCUAUAUGAAUUAUCAAUGGAAGCUAUUGAAAAUCUUGAUAUAGCUGCCAUAAAAAAUACUUUACGUUCGAGUAAUGAUUCACAAUUCUCUGAUAAUUUUCGAGCCAAUGCAAUUAAUUCAUUAUCAAUGGCAUGUCCAAUAUGUCUUAUUUCUUUUCCACGAAGUCAAAUGGAAACUAUGUUUUUAUGUGAUCAUAUAUGUUGCUUAGAAUGUCUUAAAAUUUAUUAUCGAAAUACUAUAAAUACAAUUCAAGAUUCUAAAUCAUUAAACAAAUUAACAUGUUUUCUCGAACAACAUCAAAUAACAAUUGAUACGAAAAUGAACUUUUUUAUAUAUUUAGAAGCAAAACUCACUCAAUGGUUUCAUGAUGAACCUGAUAUUCUUAAAAUGUAUCAUGAUAAAAUAUUUUAUGCUACACGUGAUAAGCAAACUAAAAAGUGUGGUAAUUCGCACUGUGUCAGUUGUUUUUAUAUUGAUGAUAAUAAUGAUAUUGGUCGUGUUGUUUGUCCUCAUUGUCAAUUUGCUCAAUGUAGACAAUGUUGUCGAAAAUGGUGUCCUGAUCAUGCUUCAUUGUCAUGUGAUCAAUAUGCCGAAUGGUUAAUAGACAAUGAUCCUGAUGAUCCCAAUGUACAAAUUUUCAAAUAUUUAAGUGAAACUGGCAUUGCAUGUCCAAAUCCAGCUUGCCAACUUAUUUUUGACUAUCAAGCAGGAGGCUGUGAACAUUUUACCUGCACAGAAUUUAUAUUUGAUAGAAAUUGUUAUAAACAAUUUUUGUGUUCACUUAUUUGGCGUUAUGAAAUAGAACCAUGGGAAAUAUAUGAAGAUAAUAAUCUUCAACAAAUGCUUAUCAAAGGAUCCGUUAUUAUACCAGCAAAUGCAACAAGACAAAAUUUAAUAGAACCUAAUCAGCAGUCAACUAAUGCCAACGAUAUGACUCUUAAAAUCGUCGAUGAAUUUAAGCAUAUUGUUCGAAACAAAGUCAGACAAGGACACACAAUAACUCAACCAAUUGUUGAGUUAGAAGUUGCCAAGAUUAGACGUGAAUAUGAUCCUGAUCAAUAUGAUGUUGAAGAAUUGAAGAAACAACUUCCGCGUGAUCUUCAAAAUUGUUCGGAGAGUAUUUUACGUGUAUCAAUGGCAUAUGGCAAUGAUCCACAACAAAUAGAAUCUAUAAUACAAUCGAAAAUGAAUAGCAUAAAUUUAAAUGAUAAUGUUAAUUCUAUUUCACUCGAUAAUAUUAUAGAACCUUUAAUAAAGCUCAAAAAAGACUUAAAAGAAAAUCCUCUAAAAGAUAUAUUUGGUGCUGUUCGCAAUAUCAAUGAUCGUAAUACUGAUAAUGAACCAUUAACAGUAACAACAACGACAUCAAGGUUUUCUCAUGAUGACCGUCAUUCAAGUGUCCCUACUGGCAUGAAUGACCGAAAUCGCUUUAAUGAGAAUCGAAAUCCACCAUCCCCUCGCAGUGCUGUGCAGGAUCUUCGUCACAAUUUUCCUCCGUACUCAGAUCGUCAAGUAAACAGAGCUGCGGACAGAUGGAAUGACAAUCGAAGUCAAGCGUUGCACCACGAUUCUGUUCCUAAUCUUCAUCAAGAAUUUCUUCGAAAUCCAGGUAAAAAGACUUAA